CAAGGCCUCCGUGAGGGCAAACUGAUCCGAUCAGCCGAGCCCACGCCGGACAGCCUUAGCAGUGGAAGCGGCGCGGCCCGGAGCAUGGAGGGGGGCGGCAGCGCUGGCAGCGCUGGCAGCGACAGCAGCACCAGCGGGAGUGGCGGGGCGCAGCAAAGGGAGCUGGAGCGCAUGGCUGAGGUGCUGGUCACCGGGGAGCAGCUACGACUAAGGCUGCAUGAAGAAAAGGUUAUUAAAGAUAGACGACAUCAUCUCAAGACCUACCCAAACUGUUUUGUCGCGAAAGAACUGAUUGACUGGCUGAUUGAGCACAAAGAAGCCUCCGACAGGGAGACAGCAAUUAAGCUCAUGCAGAAAUUGGCAGACCGUGGCAUUAUUCAUCAUGUGUGUGAUGAGCAUAAAGAAUUCAAGGAUGUCAAACUCUUCUACCGCUUUAGAAAGGAUGAUGGUACCUUCCCACUGGACAACGAGGUGAAGGCCUUCAUGAGAGGACAGAGGCUCUAUGAGAAGCUGAUGAGCCCUGAAAACACACUCCUGCAGCCCAGGGAAGAGGAGGGUGUCAAAUAUGAACGCACCUUCAUGGCGUCUGAAUUCCUUGAUUGGCUGGUUCAGGAAGGUGAGGCUACCACAAGGAAAGAGGCGGAGCAGCUCUGCCACCGUCUUAUGGAUCAUGGCAUUAUCCAGCAUGUGUCCAACAAGCACCCAUUUGUGGACAGCAAUCUUCUCUACCAGUUCCGAAUGAACUUCCGUAGGAGGAGAAGGCUGAUGGAGCUUCUCAACGAAAAGUCCCCCUCCUCCCAGGAUACGCACGACAGUCCCUUCUGCCUGAGGAAGCAGAGCCAUGACAACCGGAAAUCCACCAGCUUUAUGUCAGUCAGCCCCAGUAAGGAGAUCAAGAUCGUGUCAGCCGUGCGGAGGAGCAGCAUGAGCAGCUGUGGCAGUAGCGGCUAUUUCAGCAGCAGCCCCACCCUCAGCAGCAGCCCCCCUGUGCUCUGCAACCCCAAGUCUGUGCUAAAGAGACCCGUCACUUCAGAGGAACUCCUGACCCCUGGGGCUCCGUACGCCAGGAAAACGUUCACGAUUGUUGGGGAUGCAGUUGGCUGGGGCUUUGUGGUGCGCGGAAGUAAGCCAUGCCACAUCCAAGCCGUGGACCCCAGUGGCCCUGCAGCUGCAGCAGGAAUGAAGGUCUGCCAGUUUGUCGUCUCUGUCAACGGACUCAAUGUGCUGCAUGUAGACUACCGGACCGUGAGCAAUCUGAUCCUGACGGGCCCACGGACAAUUGUCAUGGAAGUCAUGGAGGAGUUAGAAUGCUGAGCUGCAGGACCGCCCAGCCCUUCAGUGGCCUGUGGGUGAUCAAAGCCAGAACGGUGCCAAGCAAUGCAGAGACAAGACUUCCAUGCAAGUGGAUGGCUUUGGACAUACAAACUUUUCUCUGUACAUACUCAUCUUCAGUUGAGUUUCAUACACUGAAUGUGGAAGAAUCGGGUAACACAUCUUUUAAAAAGCAUCAGUGCAGAAAGCAUUUGGGAAAUAGAGCUUUCCUACAAAAUUGCCUUACUAGAUUUCCAUUUGUGAUUCUCGCUCAUUGUUUUUUAUCUCUGUUUGCAGAAAGUUGUUGACUUCUGGCCAAAGUUGCUUCUCUGGCCAAAACCACAGCAUGCUGAAAUUCUUUUUUAUAGGAGUUAAUGGAGUGAUUGUUCAGACUUUAAAUGGUACUUUCACCAAAAUAAGCAUGGAAGUGUUUGAGAGCAGAUCUGAAGUCCACUGUUACAAAUUAAAGCAACAUCCAAAGGAGUGUGAUUUGUUAACUAGCAUUUUAAAGAAGGUUCUAAAUCACUCAAGUUCUUAAAAGCCAAUAAGAAAUUAUUUUCUUAAUUGCUACCUUUAAUACCUACUUUUAACAUCUUUCAAUCAUUCAUGGCAUUAGCAAAAAAACAAAAACACAAAGAUGCUGUGAUGCCAUGGGUGGCGACAGACAGGGAGAUACUACUUAAAACUGUUUAGCCCUGUUUUCUCUUUUUGAGGUUACAAUGUUUUGUUCUAUACAUCAGCUACAGCAGCUUUCUAGAAUGAAUUCCAAAUAUGUUGAAUGUGAAAACAGAGAAGAUUGUAUGCACACAUAUAAAAUUCAAAAUGAGCCUUUCUGGCAAGAUUUCAUUUUGAAAGUGUCACUUUUUAAGGGAAGUAUUUCAGAACUUGGCCCAUCAUCUGUGAUGAAACUUGAAACUUCAAAAUAACCUUCUUCGCUUGACUUUUUACUAACAUUAUAAUGUAACAUAUUUGAAGGACAUGACAUGCUGCUUAUUGGGGGAGGUUUUUUUUUUU